CAUUUUCGAUACUAAAUGUCAAAACUCUUUGUAAAAAAUUAACACUUAAUCAUAAUUUUUUUUUCUGGUUUCCAAAAUUAUGGCCGUAACUUUUUUUGAAAAACGACUAUUUUCUUUCUUGCACAGUAUUUUGGCACCCCAUCCCAAACAUCCACUAAAGUUAAAAAAAUAUAUUUUAACCGACUUUAGAAGGCACUUAAGUUGCAGAAAUUACCAUAAAAAGAGUACUGGAUCGGUGUUGUAUAAAGUCAAUUUGGCUCAGUUUUAUAAUGGUUCCAAACCGGUAUAUAAUGUGAGCACUUACGACAAUUUGGUUAAGCAGAAGAGUGGAAUUGGAGAUGAAAAAUGUCAAGGAUGUAAAGACCAUCCUGGUCGCCAUAAAUUCCACAGAGAAAUCGAAUGCGCCCUAAACGAUCAGAUCGAAAUGGAAUUCAAUGCCUCCUUUGCCUAUUUAUCCAUGGCCAGUUACUAUGGAAGAUCAGAAGUCGCCUUACCUGGUUGCCAAGGGUUCUUUAUGAUGAUGCAUCAAGAAGAACAUGAACAUGCCAUUAUAUUUCUUAAUUACGUUCUAAUGAGAGGAGGCCACGUGUGUGUUCCAUGUAUCGGGCCUCCAGAUAACCAAGACUGGAAAGAUAUCUCAAAAACGUUUGCUACCGCUUGCCAGUUAGAAUCUCAAGUGAAAGAAAAACUAGAAGACUUGGUAGUACUGUCAGAGAAGCACAAGGACCAUCAGCUUGUAGAUUUUAUUUCUGGAGAGUUUUUGGAGGAACAAAAUAGAUCCAUUCAAACCCUAGCAAGGCUAUUUACCAGAUCAAAGAUGGUGGCGAAUAAUGACGUUGGAGAGCAUUUGUUCGAUCAGCACGUUUUCGAUUCAUUUGUUAAGCAAAGCAAAGAUAAUCUUAUGUAUAAGAUCCAUUUACCUACGGAUGAGCCUAAGGAAGUCUAUAAAUAAAUGAUAAUUAUAAAAAUCA